CCAAAGAGUUCGGUCGGAGAAAUGUCAGAUUGGAAUUUCAAUGGGAAUCAGACUCCUCCGUUUGUUCCCUUAUCGAGUCUUAAUCCAUCCCCGACUUAUCUGGCAGAUCCUAAUUUUUUGAGGAGAAUGACGGAGGAGAUGGAGAGGAACGGAGCGUUCAACACAAACGAAAGGCCGUACAUUCCUCUUCGGCCUGACGUCUCUGAUGGGAGCCGCCCCCAAGCAGCAGCUGACAUUGCACCUCUCAGAAUGCUCUUCCCUCUUCUUCGCCAUAACCCCAACUCCGUUCGCGGAACUGUCCCCUCUUCAACUAUUCGUCCGCCACAAAAUACAACUUCUCAGGGGAAUACGAUCCCAAUAGGAGGGUAUCCGUUCAGGGCAGUGCGACGAAAUGGGCCGGUCCUUGACGUCGAACCUAUUCCAAUGAUCGCCCAUGAGAGCCACACUGGCCCCAUCCGCCAUAAACCUACCUCCUCGAGGAAAAUAGGACAUCCGUUCAGGAGGGCAACACAAAAUCGACCUGUGGUUAAUUUUAAUCGAACUAUAGCCUCUGGGAGCUACGAUGGCCCUACCCACUUCAACAAUGAGCCAAAUAUUCUGGAAUCUAGCUCUAAUGACAACCACAGGAGAGCGAUGCAGCCGACUCCACCUAUAGUAAUUCCUGACAACGAAUCCGGCGGCUACAUAGAUGAGGAACUUCACUUCCAUGGCCCUAUUACAAUGCAACAAGUUUUAGGAAACGGAUCAUCCCAAAAUGAACCUCGCACUAGUAACUCGACUCUGAUGCAACCGAUUUCAAGUGUUUUAUCACCCCAAAGUGUAUCGACCUACACCUAUGAGGUGCCUAGUUCUCGAAACCAGGCUCCAAUGCGGCAAGUUUCAGGUUUCCUAUCACCGCAAAGGGAAUUGAACCAAGCUACCCGCAACUAUGAGAUGAGUCAUGAACCAACUCAAUUGCAGCAAAAUCCAGGUGCUUUAGUACCCCAUAGUGCACCUACCUACAACUAUGAGCCUUGCUCUGGAAUCCCCACCCCAAUGCAUCCAAUUUCAAAUGUUCAGUCAUCCCAGAGUGUACCGACUCUAGUGGCCUGCCACUUCGAGUGUUAUAACAACAAUAACAAUAACAAAAUGGAAGAACAAAUGAACAUGAACCCCAUGGAGGGGGAAUUAGGCUUUAUGGAGCAAAGUUUUAUCCCUAUGGAGUCUCAGAUGGGGAACAAUGCUACCGGCAUUCCGCAUUAUAACAAUGAUUUUGGGGGAUUAAGCAGUGUUGCCGCGGCGGACUUGGGAACCUCAUCCAACGCCAAUGGAGAGAGAUGGAAUGAUGAAGAAGACGCGGCUGGUACUACUGAGAGCUUUAUCGAUGACGACUUCUUCAAAGGCUUGGAGUUCCCGUGGAAUUUCUUCUAACCAACUCCUCUGCAUUGGCACCUUGCUUUGUUCUUUUAUUUGGACCUUGCCUUUUUUUUUGCAUUUUCCGCUUCCAUUAGACUUAAUUUGGUACCUUUGGCGUUUUUAAUACUCGCCUCCAUUUAUUA